AUGGAAUUUAAUGCGAUUCAGCAAUAUCGCCCAGCACCUAAUAGACCUUUCACCAACACUCGGCCGUCGUCGAGACAGGCAGUGCAAAUGCUGUACCCUUACGGGAGCAUCCCAGUGCAGCAGCAGCAGCAUCAUUCACAAGUCAUUCACCCUCACCCCAAACUUUCCCCUCCGUAUUCAACAUGGACUGUCCCACAGACCCACAACCCGUACCCUCAUCUGCAGAAAUUUCCUGCCUCAAAUAGCAGAGAAGACUACGAGCAGUUGGGCGCAAGGCCAAAUAUCACCGUGUCGAACAACCACUCGCCAGCAUUAAGUAACGCCGCUUUUCGCAGCGAUGUGGGAGUGAGUGAGAGCUUGCCAACUACUGAUUACUUUCCCGGCGUUAUCGAUACAAGUCCUUGGGGCCAGAAGGUCUGCGAAGAAUUUGAGAACUUCACGUCGCUGGAUCCUGAUAUGGCCGACUUCAACCAAGGAUUGUUAGGUCACGACGAGAAUACCCCCAUCAUUCAUCUUCCUCACUACCAAAGUGGCACGGAACGUCAAGAGACAGAAAAUAUUGCGAACUUCAACCCCUCCUCAACACGACGCCUCUCCGAGUCUUCAUUCUCAAUGUCAAGCACAGGCGGCGCCCUUCCCGAGGUAUCGACAUUUGAAGAGUUAGGUUCAUCCGAAGCCAUCUCGUACGGAUCCGACUAUGAGCCAUGGAGCAGUGUAGAGGCAAACUCGAAUCUGUUGUCGCCGCUUGCGUCGCCACGUCGACUUCAGCAUGAGCAUGUAGUGCGUAGUGGCAGUCGCUCCCGCGCUUCGCCAGCGCCACACAACAACGUGCGGUCGUCGCCGUAUACACUGGAGACCAGCCGGUUCAAGAGAUGGUCAACGGGACAUGCGCCGACAUCAACCCCUUCCGCGCGACCUCUUUCCCAAGUUCAAGACCGGUUUGCCCCGUACCCGCCUCGUACAAAUCCCCACCAUUCGAUGCCAGCAUAUCCAACCAAUGCCUUCAACAACUUCGGACUGCACGGCCAGAAUGUCCUGUAUACGCAGCCCCAUCCAUUACAGUCCAGCAAUCCCGCUAUUUUCGCCUCUCCAGAUCAACCAUUUCAUCCCCAUCUCGAAGUUCCGCGACCCGUGCCUUCGCAACAGAGUUACUUCCGCCUCCUCCACAGCAAUGUGGAUCGGCAUGGAGGUUGUGCUUCCCACUUUGCCGACCUCUCCGACCCACCCGAUCUCUACUCCUCAUUGCACGAGGAGCCCUCCAACCCGCCCGAAUCCGACAUGAACCCUUCCGAUCCCGACCUGGUCCCUCACGAGCAAGACCUUCGUUUCGGCGGAGACCUGUACACCCCGCGCUGGGUGCGCGGCCACGGCAACAAGCGCGAAGGAUGGUGCGGAUUAUGCAAACCGGGCCGCUGGCUGGUUCUCAAAAACAGCGCUUUCUGGUAUGACAAGUCCUUCACGCAUGGCGUCAGCGCCGCAACUGGAGCGGCAUUCCAGGGACCGCAAGAAACGCGUCGCACCGAAGGCAACCUGGACGUAUGGGAGGGCCUCUGCGGAAGUUGCGGUGAAUGGAUUGCGCUGGUCAGUAGCAAGAAGAAAGGAACGACGUGGUUCAGACAUGCAUACAAGUGCCACACGCACCCAAAAGUCAAAGACGGCCCUAAAAGACGCCGUGAAACGACGGCCGUUCGUGCUCGAGCCGCCUCGUCCGCAUCAACCGGCACGACGUCCUCCCCUUAUCCAAUCAAACGCGACGUUUCACAACAACAGUUCCAUGACCAAUCACUUCCCGCAACCUACUCAUCGCAUUCCCAGUCAACGCCGACAGCCACACCGACUUUGAGCACCGCUGCCAUAGCACCUCAACCCCCACAGUCAUCGCAGCCGCAUCAGCAAUAUGUCGGCAUGCCGACUUCGCUUCCGACCCCCUCACAGCCUACGGCCUCAUUCCCGAUUGCAUCGCCGUCUCCAGCAAUGCAGCAAGCAUCGACGUCCUCCACGGCGACGACGACGGCCCAAUCCGAGGACAAGCCUGUAGUGGUCGGCAUGUUCAGUUCUCCCUUGCAGCCAAUGUCGACAUUUGCUUCGUCUUCGGGGAAUUCGAAUUCUUCCUCCUCGAAUCCGCCGCUGCUGGUCUCGGAGCCGGAGUUGGUGGGCGUGAAGCCGACGUCCGCAUUUAACAGUCUGGCAAGCAUGAUCUGAUCUGAUAUGCGUGGCCGACGUCUGUGGCACCGCAAUGUAUAAGGCUGCGGGACUUGCGUGCCGUAAAAAGGUUCGCGAUUCUCUGAGAUGUACGCAUGCCUCUGAGAUGUACGCAUGCAGUUUGAGUGGCGGAACUGAUGCACUGAUUUUCUAUCUUUCCCUCGAAGACAACAUUUAAUUGUGGGCUUUGUUCAGGGGGUCAUCCGGCGUUGAUGGCUAGACGGACUCUCCGGGUUACAUCAGUGUUGC